AUGUUCUUUCAACCCUCGCUGAUAUUCUCCCUGAGCACGCUGCUCCUCGGGGCAACGACUGCUCUCGAAUGUUCGCCGGCCUCCAUCCCCCAGCCUGACGUACUCGGAGCGACCAUCCUUGACCUUCAAGCUAGUGAAGCCCACAACUACAGCGCCUAUAGUCUCGGUCCAGGAUCGAACGACGGCGGUCGAUACACGGUCAGCUUCUGCCAUGUCACUGUCGUUCACACCCAUCCUGGCUGGAACGAUACAGUCACCACGCAAGGCUUUGCAGCGGCGUCCACCGACGGAGGGGUCCCCCAGCCACCUGGGGCCAUUACAACCAUCGCAACAGAUCUGUCGUGGGCACUGAGCAGCGAGGGCAAUGUCGACUGGUUUUUGCUCGAAAAUUAUGCAUACAAGGCGACGGGCGAUAUGGCCGAGAUCGGAAAGCAAAUCACCCAGUCCUACUACGGCAGAUUAGCAGAGUACUCUUACUUCAACGGCUGCUCCGGUGGUGGACGACAGGGUCUCGCCAUGGCGCAGCGGUUUCCAGAGGCCUUUGACGGAAUCCUUGCUGUUGCCCCUGCUAUCAAUAUCGAGACCUUUAUCCCGGCCGCAUUCUGGCCGACUCUGGUCAUGAACCUGCAUGAGGUGUAUCCCUCGCCCUGCGAGAUCGACGGGUUUGUCAGCGCUGCAGUCGAGGCCUGUGACGGGCUCGACGGCAUCAAAGAUGGCAUAAUCAGUAUGCCCCAUCUGUGCAAUGUGACUGCUUUCGACUUCAUCGGACAUACCUACACCUGUAACGGAACCCAGCAUUCCCUGUCAUCUUCCAGCGCAAAGGUCGUUCAGGCGGCCUGGUCAGUCUCUGGGAAGGAGGGCUAUCCAGGGCUCAACAAAGACGCAACUCUCAGCUCAUCCUCUAUCACCACGGAGUGCUCAGGAAACGGCACCUGUCACAGCCCCGGAAUCCCCCUAGCCGGGAACUGGAUCUCGUACCUCGUGGCCAAGGAUCCCACCCUGUCCCUUGCCGACAUGACUGAAGCCGAAUUCUUCCAGUUCCUUGCGGAGUCAAAGACAGACUACGCAUCGAUGCUCGCCGCGAACAACCCGGACGUAUCCGAAUUCAAUGCCAACGGCGGGAAACUGAUCGCCUGGCAGGGCCUGGCAGACGAGGUCAUCCCACCGGGCGGACUGGUCGAUUAUUACGCGCAGGUGCUCGAGCAGGACGCCACGGCGCAGGAUUUCUUUCGGUAUUUCCAAGCCCCCGGAGUCGGCCAUUGCUUUGGAGGGCCAGGACCGGUUCCGAACACAGCCCUGGCUCAGCUCAUGGAUUGGGUGGAAAGGGGGAUUGCGCCGGAUACAUUGCAUGCUACUCGAGGCACCAACAAUACUUCGCGAGACUUGUGCCCGUAUCCGCUACAGCAGAGAUAUGUUGGCGGGGAUCCGAGAAAUGCUACCUCGUUCACUUGUGCUAAGGCUGUUUAG